AUGCCUCCCGACGCGGGGGACCUCGGGCAUGUCGUGGGGGUCUGGAGCGACGAGAACCGGUCCGUGUACGUGGUGGAGCUGGACCCGGGCGGAGCGAGCUGCUCCGUGCAGACGACCAGGAAGUCUGGAGAGCAGCGCUUCACGAAGGCGCUCAUCGCGGCGCACGGGCGCGUGAGCUGGGGGCAGAGCUACGUCCUGGACGGGGACCGCACGGCCAGCACCGGCCGGCCGCGCUGGCUGCACCUGAAGGGGGGCAAGAAGCUUCGAGUGGUGGCGGUGCGCCGUCGACGCGGAGCCCUCCCACAGUCUGGUCUGCCGGCGCGGAGCAGUCCAGCGGCAGCUGGUCGCGGUGGAGGGACAACGCCGGGACUGCACAGACCAGAUCGUCGGAGCUCUCCGGCAUGUGGGCGGCCUCCAGUUUAUUCUGAAGUCCGUCCUGUCCCUCUACAGGAGGAGUGUUCAAAACUAGUUGCAAAUUGUCGGGGACGAUCUGUCGAUGAUUCUUGA